AUGCAAAGAGUUCGAACAACUGAUAAUCAUUGUGCUACAAUCCGCUGGUCAGGUCGACUAGUUGAUAGUAAAGGUGGCGAAGAUGACUGGUAUGGUGUCGAAUGGGAUGAUCCAUCACGUGGAAAGCACAAUGGCGAAUAUAAAGGUCAAAAGCUUUUUGAUGUUACAGUUCCUAACAGUGGAUCAUUCUUAAGAGCUUCAUCUGUUAAAAAGGGCGUCAAAAUUUCUGAAAUAAUACACGAAUAUUCCUUGGUUGGUGGAUCAUUAUCCUUGGAUUCAACAAAUGUUGACCAAGUAGGCGAGUUUGAUAACUUCCCAGAGACUGUUAAAACAGUUAAUGUCGCUUGCUCCCUUGUAGGAUCAUUCCAAUUCAUUUGGGAUCUCUUAAAACUCGGAAAGAACAUUGAAUGCCUUACAUUAGGAUGCCUUCACUUUGUAGACUUUCCAACAACACAAGAUACGUAUAAUUUACAAGAAAUUGUACUUAAUGAUACAAAUAUCAAAGAAGAUCAGCUUGAAAUAUUUCUCAAAGCCUUACCAAACCUCAAAAUUAUUGAUAUAUCUAAUACAUCUAUACGUAAUUUUAAGGUAUUACAGACAUGUAAGCAACUUGAAACAAUCAAAUUAAAUAAUCUCGAAAUUUCAAGUUUAUCGACGGUAAUUGAUACAAUUGGAGAUCUUCCAAACGUAAAGAAUCUUUUCCUCAACGAUAAUACAAUUACAAAGAUCGAUUUCAAAGAAGGAAAAUUAUUAAGCCUUGAAUCUUUGUCUCUUGCAUCGAAUAAGAUCGAAGACUUAUUCUCUCUCGAUGCAUUAACAAAUUACAAAGCUUUGACAGAGAUUCGUGUUAAUCGCAACCCAAUUCAAGAAAUUAAAGGCGAAGUUGAUGUCAGAAUGCUUACAAUCGCUCGCUAUCCACAAAUAACGAAGCUAAACGGCAGCAGCAUCUUGGAUAAAGAAAGAAGAGACAGCGAAGUAUUUUAUUUGAAUCAUUUUGCGAACGAAGUUUAUCAAAAUGGUCAUGAAAAGCAUCCACGAUGGGAAGAAUUAGUCAAGAAAUACGGAGAACCUGCUGUUACGUGUAUAAAGAAGGAAGCUCCAAAGAAUGUAAAAGUUAUUCUUGAAUACGAUGGUCAGGACCAAGAAGAAUCAUUCAUGCCAUCAAUAACUGUUGAAAAAGUUAUCCAAGUCGCUCAAAAUAUGUUCGAACUUGAAGAUGAAGAAUUAGAAAUCGUACUUGAGUAUAAGGAAUACAGAGCUAAGCUUAAAUACACUGAACAGUCAUUGGCUGAUGUUGGAUGCAUCGAUGGAAGCAUUCUACACAUCAGAAAAGAAGGAGAAGCUGAUGAUCUUUUCAAUGACAGAGAUUUAGCUAAGAAAUUCAGAAAUAGAUCAAUGCAAGCAUAUGCUCGUGGUGGUUUCUAA